CUCCUCACAUCUCUUCCCCAAAAAAUAUCUUAAUUAUGUCAUAUGAAAAAUUUAGAAUAUUUCAUCAGAUAUCUCUUCCUUCGAAAAGAUUAAAAGAACACAGAAAAGAAUGGCAGCUCUAGCAUCAAACCCUCAAAUGUUAACGAGACAAGGUCACAGUAAUUACAAGAAGGAACAGUUCUGGAGGAAAGAGAGUUUGAAUUUGGAGAAGAAGUGUGGGUUUUGUUGUGUGAAGGUUUACAAUUAUGAAAAGCUUGGGAGGUCACAAGUAGAGAAGGAGUGGAGGUUGAAAGCUUUUUGGUCGAACGUAUCACAGCCUGAGACAAUUGAGAUGGUACCCAUUAACGACGUUGAUGAGCUUGAAGCUGUUCUCUCUGACGCACGCAACCUCUCUCAGCCUAUCAUCAUCGAAUGGAUGGCUUCUUGGUGUCGGAAAUGUAUUUACUUGAAGCCUAAGUUGGAGAAAUUGGCAGCGGAAUAUAAUAACAGAACAAAGUUUUACUACGUGGAUGUGAACAAGGUGCCUCAAACCUUGGUGAAGCGUGGCAACAUUUCUAAAAUGCCCACCAUUCAGUUGUGGAAGGAAGGGGAGAUGCAAGAGGAAGUGAUAGGAGGUCACAAAGGAUGGCUUGUUAUUGAAGAAGUCAGAGAAUUGAUCAACAAAUAUGUCUGAUUCUUCUUCUUCUUUUUUUCUCUUCCUCAUAUCUUUUUUAUUAAUCUGUACAGUAGCUUUUAAAUUUUGUCUUUUUGAUAUUCGAGACACAGAGAAUGAGAACUAAAAUUGAUAAGCAUUGUAUUUUGUUUUCAACAAUUUGUUAACGAAUA